CGAGGACGUCGAGCGGGUUGCGUCAAUGCGCGGCUCCGGCUGCUGCCGAGAGAAGUUGGUAAAUAAGGUUUGACCUCGCCGAGGAGGGAGGGAGGGAGAGAGAGAUAGAUAAACUGGAUUACACUGAGUAUCAGCAGCAGGAGGAGGAGGGCGACAGACACAACACCCUGGACACCGACCUCGUCCUGUGGGGGCGGAAAGGAGAGAAGCCCCGUGAAGAGCUGCUCGCGCGCGUGUCAACUGAAUAAAGUUUUGAUUGGUUUGACUCGCCCUCCACAGUUUGACCUCUCGUCUGCCAGAGGACCCUGCGCCGCCGCUGCCGCCGUCCAUCAUGGCAGGUGAUAUGAUACUGCUGAUGCGGGGCUUGGCUAAGCUAAGCCAGGCGGUUGUAGAGACUCAGAGCAGUACUCUGCGCAGUGGCACAGGAGUUGGUGCUGCUGUGCAGAGUGUCCAGUUGGCGACAGAGCAAUGCCUCUCUGUGGCCAUGAUGAAGAUGCAGGAGCUGUCCGGCCAGCAGCAAACAACUUCUUCAGAGUCAGAGUUUGACUUCCCUGAGGACGACGGUGCGUUCGCAGCUUCAGAGUUCAGGGAGGAAGGUGCAGACUUUACGGCGGAUCACUCAGGAAAUAGUACUGACACAGCAGCCUAUCACAGCGCAGCAGCCGGGGCGAGACAUGACGGUGGGAAGCGUUCGCUGUUUGACGGAUACAAAGAUCCAAGCAAACAGUUCAGUGGAGACACCAGAUCUUACCACCAAGAUGCCAGACAUUACAUUGGAAACCAUCAUCUCUACAAUCACGGCCUGAAUAGGCACGUGUGGGGACAACUAUAUACUCAGCAUCAGUUCACGCAGAUCAGGAGCUAUCAUCAGGACCCGUCCACAGUUGGAGGUCUGACGGCCGAAGACAUUGAGAAAGCGAGACAGAGCAAGGGCACUGAGAUCAAACCACACAAACAGAUGUUGAGUGAGAGAGCCAGAGAGAGGAAGGUGCCUGUGAGCCGGCUCAGCAGACUGGCCAACUUUGGAGGUCUGGCUGUAGGGUUGGGAAUUGGAGCUCUGGCAGAAGUUGCGAAGAAGUCCAUCAGACACAGUGGUGCAGGUGAAAAUAAGAAAGCAGUUCUGGACUCCAGCCCCUUCUUGUCCGAGGCUAAUGCCGAGCGCAUCGUCAGAACCCUGUGCAAAGUCCGAGGAGCUGCAUUAAAACUGGGACAGAUGCUGAGCAUUCAAGACGACGCAUUCAUCAACCCUCAGCUCGCCAAGAUCUUUGAUCGUGUAAGACAGAGUGCUGACUUCAUGCCAAUCAAACAAAUGACAAAAGCAUUGAACAGUGACUUGGGUCCUAACUGGAGAAACAUGCUGGAGUCGUUUGAGGAGCGUCCAUUUGCGGCAGCGUCCAUUGGGCAAGUUCACUUGGCGAAGAUGAAGGACGGCAGGGAGGUGGCCAUGAAAAUACAGUACCCCGGUGUGGCUCAGAGUAUCAACAGUGACGUCAACAACCUGAUGACGGUGCUGAAUAUAAGCAAUGCCCUGCCUGAAGGUUUGUUUCCAGAGCAUCUGAUAGACGUCAUGAGGAAAGAGCUAGCGCUGGAGUGCGACUACAUAAGAGAAGCCCAGUGUGCAAAAAAAUUCAGGGAGCUACUGAAGGACCAUCCAUUCUUCUAUGUACCAGAGGUGAUCGAGGAGCUGAGCAGCAGCCAUGUCCUGACCACAGAGCUCGUCCCCGGGUUUCCCCUGGAUCAGGCCGAGAGCCUCACACAGGAGCUGAAAAACGAGAUCUGUCACAACAUCUUGAAUCUGUGCCUCCGAGAGCUGCUUGAGUUCAGAUACAUGCAGACUGACCCAAACUGGUCCAACUUCUUCUACGAUCCACAGUCACACAGGGUGGCGCUGUUGGAUUUUGGAGCCACGAGAGGAUUUGAUCUGAGUUUCACAGAUCUCUACAUAGAGAUAAUCCGCUCAGCCUCCGAGGGGGACAAUGAGGGAGUUCUGAAGAAGUCGAUCGAGAUGAAGUUCCUAACUGGUUACGAGUCCAAGGCGAUGGUGAAGGCCCACGUGGAUGCCGUCAUGAUCCUCGGCGAGGCCUUCGCCUCCACUGAGCCCUUCAGCUUCGGCUCUCAGUCGACCACAGAGAGAAUCCACAACCUCAUCCCCGUGAUGCUCAAACACCGCCUCACCCCGCCUCCGGAGGAAACGUACUCGCUGCAUCGCAAGAUGGGCGGCUCGUUCCUGAUCUGCUCCCGGCUGAACGCAAAGCUGCAGUGCAAGGAGAUGUUCCAAACGGCGUAUGAGAAGUACUGGGAAGGCCGCACGCCGCCCUCUCGCUCAGCGUAAGCCAGUCUAAAGUGUCGGGUGUUUUGAUGGAGUGAUGGACAGGUCCUGGGGCCAACGGCAGACUGACCGUCGAUGGUGAGGUCGGGUGUAGGGAUGUAGAACUGCAGGGCGGACGCCAUGUCAUCUGCCCUUAACUGGUCACUGAGAGCCAGCUUAUCGUUCCCAUUUUGGGCAUCUCACUGCAUUGAGGUUUUGAAAGGCUUUUUCAUAUUUACAGCCACCACUUCUGAAAGAUAAUGGGUGCAGCAGCUUGACAUCUGGAGUGCGUGAAGGCCGAACUCUUACCUAUAUAUGGCCCUGAGAGGACCGACUGAGAAGAGGUGGGAGGUGGAGGGAAGGAGACAGAGAGAAACAGUCCUGCUCAGGUGUAACAUGAAUGUUAAAAGGUUAGAAAUGUUUUCUUUCAAAAAUGAUUCUUGUGGGUUAUUUCUGUGUUUGUUUGUUCGUUUGUUUUGUGUUGCUGUGUUUCUUUGAACUUUUGGGAAAUCGCACAAAGUGUCCCAGUGUUUGCCAUCUGCCAGCAACGUUAUGGGUGGAAACAUUGAUUGUAUCAAAGGUAGAGGACUGAAAAAUAACUGAGUUAUUCAGUAUACAGGCUGUACGAGUCACAGUGGGGACCUGGACCAACUUGUCUGGCUCACAAAUAUUUCUGCUUCCAUUAUUUUUCAAGGGGAUUUCAUUUUGUUUUUUUCCGGAUGUGAAUAAUAUAAGCUUGUUCUGAAUUUAGACAAAGGAAACGCCGCAGUUGUGAUACAAACAAAAUAGUUGUUCAUGGAUCAGUGUUAUGGUUAAGAUGCCAAGCGCUUCGAGGUUCCGGUUUAUUUAGCCGUUUGUAUGAAUUGUGACAAUCUGGAAUUUGUCAGCGUUGACACACACACACACACACACACACACACACACACAGGUGUGACUUUUAACUCAUGUAUAGUGUAUGUAGUGUACAGUAUCAAGGUAGCCAUCCAGAUUUACAGUACUUAAUCGUGUUUUUCAUCUAAUUUCAUUUGCUGUUUUAAGCUUUUAGCUUCUAAGGGAAAACCUUUGGGACAUGCUGUACCAUGGAUUGAAGCUGUCGGUCUGAUCUGGUCUGUAUGUUUUAAUGAGUUCUCUGGUGAUUCAUGUCCACAUUGGUUAAGAUUCAUUGCACAACUUUAAGUUAAUCGCUGACAAAACUGUUCGCAUUGUGGCUCAGAAUUCUAAUUUCUAAUUUUGAUGUCCAUAUCAACACCGGGCCUGUGUGUGUGUAGUCAUGAAUAUUAAUGAGGAUGGCUGGAAGAUAUCACACAAGCUCAGCUCAUUGGCUCACCUUGCUACCAAGACGAUAAUCUCUCCUCCGCCUUCCCUGGUGUGAAAUCCUUUGUCACCUGAUUGGUGUGUGACUGUGAAAGUUCUCUCUCUACUCUGUUGUGUGAAUAACAGUGUGAGGGUGGAAAAAAUGAAAGCAGAAAAAGAAAAAUCAAGGUGCCUGUAGUUUCUUUUCUUUCUUUUUUUUGCUAGAAAUCUAUACUUUAUAUUUCUUAUCAAGACUAAAUGAAAAGAUGUUUUAAAUUUUCUAAUCAAAAUGCAUUCUUAACUGAAAGAUGUGAUGAAAAGAUAUUCUACGAAAAGAGUAAACGUUUGAUCUAUACUCGU